AAACAAAGGCCACAGGUAUUAGAGGAAGUGGAGAAACGUUUGCUUAUUUUCAUAAACGAGAAACAGCUAACAGGGGACAGUGUUAGCCAAGAUGCGAUUUGUGGCAAAGCAAGACAAUUGUAUGGCGAGUUGAUAAAAAAGGAUCCUAGCAUUGUUCCUGAAGAGUUUGAUUUUAAAGCAAGCAGAGGGUGGUUCGAAAAGUUUAGAAGAAGAAGUGGGAUACACUGCGUGAUUCGUCAUGGGGAGGCAGCCAGUUCAGACCAGGAAGCUUCCGAAAUGUUUAACUUUGAGUUUGAAAAUCUUGUCAAAGUUGAGGAAUAUUUUCCCCAGCAAACUUUUAAUAUGAACGAGACUGGACAUUUGGGGGAAAAAAUGCCACGAAGGACCUACAUCACAUGCGAGCAGUCGUUUCCAGACCACACACAAAGUGAUGUCAAGGAGCUAAUCGUCGAACAUCGUGACGAGAUCACGACAGAAGAAUUUAAGGAAGAGCAGAAGAGGACGUUUAAGGAGAUGUCUUCCGAUGACGAUGGGGGAAGGAAAGAUGCCUCUACUGCUAGUAUCAAAGAAAUUUGUGCAAAAUGGAAUGAUAUCCAAAACUUUGUGGACCUGUAUCAUCCAGAUAAAGCUGCAAGCAGUCGAGCUGUGUAUGCAUUUAAUGACAUUGUUAUUAGCCACUUUCAUAACGUUCUCAAAAGAAGGGAGAAACAAGUUACACUCGAUAGAUUCUUUACGAAAAGGAAGGAAGAACCUAUGGCAGAGUCUCCCCAACCGAAGAACAAUGCUGGAGUCGAGUUACCCGACGUUAAGGAUGAGGAUUCUCCUUUCGAGAAUUAACCUUCCUGUUACUACAGAUGUAAGUGGUGUGCAUGUGCAACGGCUCCGCGUUUUCCUGUUGAUCUGUGGCCUCAGAAGAGUCAAGGACCCUCUCUAUUUAGUGGAGCGUUUCUCAGAGUGGCAUAGUGAGAAUCCUCAGAAUGUGCUUGUUAUAAUUGGUCCAAAGAUCGAUACUGUGUUUACUGAUGAAGUCGAAGCUGUUGUGAAGAGAACAGCGGGGGUCUUCUUAGCCCGGGAGAGGAGCCGGCCGGAGCUCCACGCCGCCAUGAAAAGGUGCUUUGCUGUCGUCAACAGUUCAGUCUCAGAAGGCAUGUCAGCAGCCAUCUUGGAGGCAAUGGAUCUGGGGCUACCUGUGGUGGCCAGGGACAUUCCAGGAAAUAAAGCUGUGGUACAACAUGAGGUCACGGGUCUGCUAUAUUCUUCCCCUCAGGAAUUUGUACAUCAGUCUCAGAGGCUGUUGUCAGAUCAUGAGCUGAGAGCGAGACUGAUAAGGAAUGGAAAAGUCUACGUGGUGAAGCAUCACAGCCUGAAGCAGGAGAGAGAAACCUACCUGAGGUUGAUGGACACGCUGCACUGAGGCCACGUCUCUCAACUCAAAAAUGUUUACUCUGUCCUUGUCUACACAAGCACAAAUAUUUUUGUUGGAGUUUUGGUAGCUACUGGGGAUUUUUUUUUGUUUUGUUUUCGGUCUCGUUUGCAUGUCAUCCCAUUGUGUAAAGAUUCUUAAACAGGUGAUGUGACUGGAUUUGCAAGAUGUACAUAUUUCAUUGGUGGAUAUAUUCGCAUUAAACACUGCUGUAUUUUAUAUCAACGUACUGUAAACAUGUAGCAAAAUGUUUUUGUUUUUUGUUUUUUUUAUUGGUGCUUGGAUCAAAGGGAUAACUGUGAGGCAAUACAACAGCAAAAAUGGUUGCAAAAGUAAUAUGCUUUGUACUUUUGAAAUUGCACUAUUUAUUCAAAUUUAAUACAUAAAAUGUUGGUGUACUGC